AUGCAACGAUGGAGAAUCCAAACUUUCUCUCUCUUGCUUUUGUGUGUCAGUAUUCUACCAACUUGUUGGUGUGCUCAUGGGAAUUACGCCCAGAAGCUCCUGAAUGACUUAUUCACCAACUACACUAGUGCGCUGAGGCCCGUGGAGGACACAGACAACAUACUGAAUGUGACCCUGCAGGUUACCCUCUCACAAAUUAUUGACAUGGAUGAGCGAAACCAAAUUUUGACUGCAUAUUUAUGGAUACGGCAAGUGUGGGUUGAUGCAUACCUCAAAUGGAAUAAAGAUGAUUACGAUGGACUCGAUACCAUCCGCAUACCUAGUAGUUAUGUAUGGAGACCUGAUAUAGUCCUAUAUAACAAUGCUGAUGACCAUUUCACUGGCCCCAUGGACACCAAUGUGGUGAUCCGACAUGACGGACAGAUAAUGUGGGAUUCCCCAGCUAUCACCAAGAGCUCCUGCAAGGUGGAUGUGUCUUUCUUCCCCUUCGACGCUCAGCAGUGCAGGUUCACGUACGGCUCCUGGACCUACAACGGCAACCAGCUGGACAUCCUGAACGCCAUGGAGAGUGCUGACCUGGCUGACUUGGUGGAAAAUGUGGAGUGGGAGGUGCUGGGGAUGCCAGCUAAGAAGAACAUUAUUCUGUACGGCUGCUGCGCUGACCCUUACCCUGACGUGACCUACACACUGAAGCUGAAGAGAAGAGCAUCCUUUUAUGUCUUCAACUUGCUCAUACCAUGUGUGAUGAUCUCUUUCCUGGCCCCGCUGGGCUUCUACCUGCCUGCUGACUCUGGAGAGAAGGUGUCUUUGGGUGUCACCGUGAUGCUGGCGCUCACGGUCUUUCAGCUGUUGGUUGCAGAGAUCAUGCCACCCUCUGAGAAUGUGCCACUUAUUGGAAAGUAUUACAUUGCGACAAUGACCAUGAUAACUGCCUCCACCGCCCUGACCAUCUUCAUCAUGAACAUACACCACUGUGGCCCGGAUGCCAAGCCUGUUCCCAAGUGGGCCAAGAAAGUCAUUCUGCAGUACUUGGCCCGAAUGUGUUUUGUUUAUGAAGUCGGGGAGAACUGCAUGUCACCGCAGCCGGAGAAACAGGAGCCUCCACCUGUAAAGAACACUAACUGCACUAUGAAUGGUCAGGCAGAACCGUGCAGAGAGGACUGCGUCUUCAGAGAGAGAGGACAGGAGACAGUGGCCACAGAGGAGAGGGAAGACGUGGAUCAGAUGAUGAGUCCGUUAGGCUCGAUGGGGAAGAACCCUACCAACUACUACAGUGCUUGGAAGAACGGCAUGUUCAUGAGCAUGGACUGUGGAGACUCGGCGGGUCAGAGGAGAUGCAGAAAGGGAGGCGUGAGCGACGGCGAGAGAAAAGACAGAGAGGUUUCCUGCAGCACCCCAAGCAACGAGCGGCAGCUGCUGCGCAACAUUGAGUACAUCGCCAACUGUUACAGAGAUCAGAGGGCCACACAGAAAAGGACUGGAGAGUGGAAGAAAGUAGCCAAAGUGCUAGACCGCUUCUUCAUGUGGAUGUUUUUCAUCAUGGUGUUCUUUAUGAGCCUUCUCAUCAUGGGCAAAGUCAUCUAACUGCAGAACUGAGAAGCUGCUUUUAGUGACACUGAUAAUUGGUGUAUAUAACAGAGAGAUUAACACAGGUUAGUACGGGAUUCAUUAA